GCCGCUCUUAGUGCGAAGGAAUAAAAUGUUGUCAACAAAAACGAACACAGCUACCCAUUCUUAACAUAGAUUUCGCCAUAGAAAACAAGACACAAAUGCAUCAAACUAAACAUUCAGUGACGGGAGUUUUUUGUUCUAAUCUUAACCUGAACACCGCACGCGAGAAACCUUCCUAUUCAUUCUUCGUCGAAAUCUUUGUUUGAUGCACGCGGUUCUCCUUAAUUUCGUAGGGCUGAACCGUACUCGCAACUCCCAUUUCUUCUUUAGUACUUGAGUACGAUGUAUCAAAACUCUCGGUAGAGCUUGCUGAAGGUAGGUAUACAUCACUAUCGAACGUUAUUUCAAGGGUAUUUCAACGCUGACCGAUACAAAAUUACAAGAGAUGUGAGAGAUUUGCGAGUGUCAACGGAGAGUUUUCAUAGUUUUCUACGUCAUCACUUGCUAAUUCGUUACCAGUCGACGGGAUACUUAAAGACAAAAUAACUGCAAUUUAGGGCCCGAAAAAACCGAGUUUUAAGUUUUUUGAAAUCUUUAUUCUAUCGGAAUUGGUUUGAAUAUAUGACGAGCUGAAUAUUUACGCAAAAAAAAAUUUCGUGUCACAGGCACUUUAAGCUACUCACAAUAAAUGUUUUUAAGUAGACAUCCUGCAUUGCGAAUAACAUGAAAAUAUUUACAGGAAAAGUGUAUUCAAAGUAUAAAAUCUGUUUCUGGCAUCCGGAUAAAAUCUCCUACAAAACUGAGGAAGAACUGAUCCCUCUUCAAGCGGGCGACCAAAACUGUAAUUUAUUAUUACAGGGAAAAUAAGCCUCACGAUGAAAAAAUACCUGGUCUAAAAAGUAAUGAGUUCCAAUCACUUAUCAACAACUGCUUGAGAAGAAUUCUGAACAUAACAUGAACAGAGAGAAAAGCAAAAGAGGUGCUAUGGGAAAGAUCAGGACAGGAACCAAUUCAAUCACAAAUCAGUCGGAGGGAGUGGCCGCACCUCGAGGAAACAUCCAGACGGUGUUACGAGAGGGUCUUAAUGGGGAUAACCGAUAGUCGUAAAACGGCCAAAAAAAUUUAGCCGAUAGUCGUAAAAUGAAAUGAAAUCCACAGAGCAAACGGACUAGAGAACAACCAAAAAACAUCUGGGGGCGAGGUAUUCUGGCUGGUAUGAAGAAUUGGGGCCAAAACUGAACCCCACUUAGAACGCCAGCCCAGGGCAGGAGGAGGUGAAGGUGGGUGAUGAUCGAUGGCCUAUGCUCCGGGAAAAGCUUAGGGCAUAACUAACUAAGUAACUAAAGAGUAUGUUUUGAAAAUUUCAAGUAAGCAGUGCAACACCAUAUAUUGGAAAAAUAACAGUCGGAAGUUCUUCAUAGUUACAGAAGUUUUUAAACCGAGGGUGUAAGAUGCACUUCCCAGCCAGGGGAAUGCCUUUUGCUCAUUGGCAGUCAGUGGCAUCGUGUGGGCCAAAUUCGAAACUCUUGGGUUCGAUUCUUCGUCGGGUACUCGGGUCUUUUCUUUGUUGCAGGCUUGUGACAAAACGAUAGCACUUCUCUCUCUAGGUCCAACCUAUGUGUGUUGGAUUUUGAAUUAAGUUUUCCCGGCUAAAACAUUAUGUGGAUAAAUAAAAAUGUGAAAUCACGAAAGAAAGGAUACCAUUUGGGUGCUGGUAUAAAUUUCCUGUGUAGAAAGUUAAGAAUAUGUUAAUUUUCUUUCGCAACUUUAAAAAGGAUGUCUAAUAAUAUAGUUUCCCCUUUGACGCUCAAGGUUAUAGUUAUAAAUAGAAUAUUUCUUAAAAGUUCCUAUUUUGGUAACCUUUUUUCCGCGAACUAGAAGUUUCGCUAUUGUUUUUGUUAUCGCCAAAUUUAAGACCUGCAAAACAGUUAAAAACGUGAAGGUGUGUUUUAGUUUACUGGAUGACAUCAGAUUAUGAUAACUACAUUUCCAUCCAUGGACGUGUAACAACGGUGUACUAAUGAAAAAUGUGUGAGCACGAGUUUACGUCGCAAAUGGUGCUGUGUUGUUAACUGCUCUUGCCAUUAAAAUUUGCAUGUUCAGGUAAUGACUGCAUCGCAAACAUUACCAUAAAUUGCCACGUUUUCACGGCUUUCCUAGUGUAUUCUAUUACGCAGUGAGUUUUUAGUUCAAAUCAGCACGCUUUGAAAGUGAUUUAUGUUAAGCUUUAAAAUACUGCACCAUUUUUGAUCGUGUUUUUCCAGCAAAAAUACAAUUGUCGUUUCACACAUUUGAACAAUAAAACUAAAUUUGAAGUGUGCGCUGUAAAUGCUAAUAAACCCUUGUUAUUGUUUGUUACGUGGCUACGCGGCGAACAUGUUAUUCACAUGCAAAUUGUAAUUUAUAUUAAGUGCAGCUUGAGCCAACGGGAGUUGAGAAAACGUUACCGCAUCGUUAGUCAAUCACAAAAACACGAAUAGUGGAAUGGAAUAUCUAAGAGUAAAUAUGCCAGGCUGCUGUGACGAAGCAGAAAUGGAGUGAAAAAGCUAUGUGAUGUUGUCGGCAGGAUUGAUGACAGAGUUGUUGUUAAGGAUUCAAGCUUAGAAAUGACGUCGGUAAAUUUGGUUGUGUUUUUAGUUAUUUCCUUCGAAGCAAAGCUGACGUUAAGUUUUGUAAAAUGCCCACCUCCACAGAGCAAUUGCGGAAACAAUACGCGGAUAAACAACAGUCGAGUUACCGACAUUAUUGACUGCGAUCUUUUGAACAUUUCCUGUGGCUCUGGCAAGGUCUGUCGACAAGGACAUUGCGUUUACGUCGAGUCAAAGUCGGACAGUCAAGAAGGUCAGAUUCCGUCGACGGACGUGUCAAUGGAAUACAAAACAGUAGCGGAGACUACAGUCUCUACAGGGUCAAACGGAAUUGGGAAACCAACUUCCACGAGCCACAGUUUGCUCUCAGGAAACCAAGAAUUUGCUAUCGCUCUUGUGGGAUUUUCAAUUCUAUUUAUAAAUUUCUGCUUGAUUUCGUUCUGCCUGGCCCGGGCAAAACAAAGGCGAAAUCAACAGAGGCGUUCGGCAACGACACAAGGAUCACAAACAGGGGAGGAUUAUUGGAAUGAAAGUCACUUGAAUGGACACGAUACGUCGCAGGUUGAAUUAAAUAUGGGAAUUGAUAAUUUUGCACUCAAUGGAGAUUUGGAUGGAUUUUCAAACGGCUUUUAUGUCCCUCACGCGCGCUUACCGCCUUACGAUUUUUACUCGGCUUACGAUAAACCUCGACCCAGAUCGGAAGAAGGCGAAGAUGACGAAGAAGCAUUCGAGCCUCCUCCCGAUACUCAAAGCAUUAACGAGGAACCUCCUCCGUACAGCGAUCAGCGGUACGGAAAUACGUCCAACCCGCCAAGUUACGAAGAUGUUUUAAAGGUAGCGGUGUCCAACAUUGAGGAAAGUUCCUCAGGAUUAUGAUUUAAAGAAAAACUUGAAUCAUGUGCAACAAAGGCAUGUACAGAAGGAACGUGUAAAUUAGAGAGUAAAAAUUAGUAUUUCAUGUCAGAACGAGAAAUAACAGUUUUGAGUGGUAAUCCCUUUGAAGCAGAUAGAAACCAGUCUAUAUUUCCUAAUAACAUUUAACCGGGAAGGCCAAUCCGGACACUUGAGUGAAUCAACCACAAGUGGCUUUUAAGAGGGCGAUGUAUUGAAUAAGCCUGUACAUACAUGAAUUCAUCGUCUGGAGCCACAAGAAAUAUAGAAAAAAACCGUAAUUACUUCUUUGCAACUUAUGUACGUGUUUUGGAUCAGUUAAUUAAUGUGAAUAUUUCUCUGUUCCUAAAUAGACGAACACAAUAGAUCGCGUCAGACUUCCGCCGUACACACUAGGUAUCCAGGGUAAAUCACGUAGGCUGCAUGAAAAGUCACUAUGGAUCUAAAGAUGAUAAGUGAUUGUUUUGACACGUUGAGUGAUGAGGUACUCUUGAAUAUUGCUUGAGCCAAGUUUGCUCACAUCGUUUGCCAGAUUCAUGACAAGAAUUACAACACGAUAAAUAAUUUGCGGCAGGAAGCGGUUCUUUCAUUCCUUUACUUGUUUGCAGCUGUCCAAAUAUAAGAUACUGUAGAAGAUAAUCUGAUUGUGUAAGCAAUGAACACCGUUAAUGAUAUUUUAAAACUCAUCAAAAGAUCCCCUGAAAUUUUGGCUUUGUUUAUCUUGUCGCAACGUUAACACGGCAACAUUUUGUCUCCUUGUGUAAAUUUACAAGGGUAGAAAACUUUGAUAUUACAGAGCACGUUUUUGUUCCAUUGAAGAAACUUAGUCUAAGAAUACAUA